AGCACGACAACUUUCUUGGCACAGCCCAUAUUUCACCGAACGACAGCAACCUUGUGCAGUUUGCCCCAUUUGGAGGAAAGCUUGGAGGGGAAAAAAUUAAAAGCCAAGAGAUGAGUGACCCCCAAAUUUGGCUUCUUGCUUUUCCAACUUCAAGUGCACUUCUCUUCCCAUACAGGUGGUUCCAUCCGAACAUCAAUGGAAUCGAAGCAGAGAAGUUGCUGCUCACCAGAGGCAUCCAUGGGAGCUUUUUGGCCCGGCCCAGCAAAAGCAACCCGGGAGACUUUACGCUAUCAGUCAGGAGGAAUGACGAAGUGACGCAUAUCAAAAUCCAGAACACUGGGGACUACUAUGACCUCUACGGAGGGGAGAAGUUUGCCACUUUGUCCGAACUGGUCCAGUACUACACCGAACAGCAGGGUCUCCUGCGGGAGAAGAACAGCAACAUCAUUGAGCUCAAGUUCCCUCUGAAUUGCCAGGAUCCCACCUCGGAAAGAUGGUACCACGGUCAUCUGACGGGCAAAGAGGCCGAGAAACUCCUCACUGAGAAAGGCAAACCGGGGAGUUUUUUGGUGCGCAGCAGCCAAAGUAAACCUGGCGACUUUGUCUUGUCGGUACUGACGAACGAAGACAAAGCUGACACGGGGGACCGGAAGCCCCGGGUGACCCACAUCAUGAUCCGCUAUCAGCCAGACGGAAAGUAUGACGUGGGAGGCGGCGAGCGUUUCGACACCCUCACGGACUUGGUGGAGCACUAUAAGAAGAACCCCAUGGUGGAGAAAUCAGGGGCCGUUGUGCACCUGAAACAGCCCUUUAAUGCCACGCGAAUCAUUGCGGCCAACAUCGAAAACCGAGUAAAGGAGUUGAACAAAAUGGCGGACCACAGCGAGAAGGCCAAGCAAGGCUUCUGGGAGGAGUUUGAGAUGUUGCAGCAACAGGAGUGUAAAUUUCUCUAUCCCCGGAAAGAAGGGCAGCGGAUGGAAAACAAAGCCAAGAACCGCUACAAGAACAUCCUUCCUUUUGACACAACGCGAGUCGCUCUUCGAGAAGUGGACGAGAGCCUUCCAGGCUCCGAUUACAUCAAUGCCAAUUAUAUUCGGAACAUUGCUGAAGACGGCCAAAGCUCUGAGCACAGCAAAGUCUACAUUGCCACCCAGGGGUGCCUCCAAACCACCGUGAACGACUUCUGGGCCAUGGUGUACCAGGAGAACACGCAUGUCAUUGUCAUGACCACCAAAGAAGUGGAGAGAGGAAGGAAUAAAUGUUUCCACUAUUGGCCAGAUAAGAACUGCACCAAAGACUACGGCCACAUCAGUGUCAGGAACGUCAGCGAAGUGGAAGCCCAGGGCUACCACAUCCGGGAGCUGGAGAUCGCACGGCUAGACAGGGAAGAGCAGCCAAGACUGAUCUGGCACUUCCAGUACGUCAGCUGGCCCGACCACGGCGUGCCCAACGAGCCCGGGGGGGUCCUCAGCUUCCUCGAUCAAGUCAACAAAGCCCAGAGGAGCGUCCCCGGCACUGGGCCGAUUGUGGUGCACUGCAGCGCUGGGAUUGGACGCACCGGGACCAUCAUCGUCAUAGACAUCCUGGUGGACACCAUUCACAGGCAAGGUCUGGACUGUGACAUCGACAUCCCCAAGACCAUCCAGAUGGUGCGAAGGCAACGGUCAGGAAUGGUGCAAACGGAGGCACAGUACAAGUUUGUCUACAUGGCCGUCCAGCAUUAUAUUGCAACGGAGCAGAAGGAGCUAGAAGAGGAACAGAGAAGUAUGAGAAAGGAGAAAGAAUACUUGAAUAUUCGCUACCCACCAAUGGAGAAACCCAGAGGCAAAGCCCGUCCCCCUUCGCCGAGAGUCCAGAUGGGAGUCGAGGACGAACCGGCCGCCGUUUACGAGAACCUCAACGUCGUCGCCGCAAAGGUUUCAGGGAUAACCCAGUCGGGGAGAUAGCACCUCGGGACCCCAAUGUUUACGGGGACGUACGUCUCUAUUUGUGCCUGACCCUUCUUGUCUUUAAUCUGAUGGCAAAAUAU